AUGCAUGGAAUCUGUUUCUUUGGGUCACCUGGCUCUGGGAAAACGACACUCUGCCAUGCGCUGACACAAUUACUCACCUGUAUGGACUAUGACUGUAUUACUAUUGAUCUGGACCCCUCCUCUCUUGAAGAAGAUUGCUACGAUAUAUCUAUUAAAGAUUUAGUCACAGCUAAUGAAGUUCAGGACUUGGAAGGUCUUGGACCCAAUGGGGCUAUCCUCUAUAGUAUGGAAUUUCUCAAAGAGAAUGUGCACUGGCUGAGCACACAAAUCUCCACCUUAGCCGGUACGUCCCCCACGAAAAGGCAAUUUCUUCUCAUUGACUUUCCGGGACAAGUGGAAUGCUACAUGGCAUACGAUACCAUUGACUCUAUCCUAACUCACUUGCUUGUUGACCACAAGCACAACCUUUGCGGCCUUCUGCUCACCGAGGCAUUUAACCUGUUAAAUCCCCGUUCUCUUCUCUCUGCGGGACUAUCUAUAGCUGCACAACAAGUUUCCUUGGGGAUUCCUGUACUGGCAGUGGCAUCCAAGGGUGACUUACUUAGUGCAGACCAGCAGGCAUCACUCAUUAAGUGCUUAGAAACGGGAAUCAUUAAUGUGGUUUCUUCCUUGCAUAGGGUCCGCUCUUUCCAUCUAGCAAUGGCAGAGUUUUUAGAUGCCAAUCUAAGUCUUCUCCCUCUCCCUGUCUCAGUAGAUAAUGAAGGAGCUCUUCAACUUCUUCUUCAGGAGGUUACCCGGAUACUAGGCAUGUGA